UCAGAGACCAUCGAGGAAGUUCCGGAUUGCGUCUCACCUGCGGGUAACGGACCAGGUGUAUCUGCGGUUUCGUCAAUCCAGUUCUGACCUGGCCCCGGCUGCGGGAACUGAAGGGACUUCACCGGGGUACCCCAGAAGCCGGCCAUGGACUCAGUGGGCUUUGAGGAUGUGGCUGUGACCUUCAGCCUGGAGGAGUGGGCUCUGUUGGAUCCCUCACAGAAGAAACUCUACAGAGAUGUGAUGCGGGAAACCUUCAGGAACCUGGCCUCAGUAGGUAAAGAAUGGGAAGAUGAUGACAUUGAAGAUGAGUACAGAAACAAGGAGAAAAAACUAAGAAGUCAUAAGAUAGAGAGACUCUGUGAAAGUAAAGAAGGUAGUCAAUGUGAGAAAAACUUCAGCCGUGUUCCAAAUCUCAAUUUGAAGCGGAAAACUCUUUCUAGAGUAGAACCAUGGGAAUACAGAACGUGUGGAAAAGUCUUUGUGCGUCAUUCAUCUCGUAAUAGGCACACCACAUGUCUCACUGGACAAAAGUCCUCUGAGUAUGAGAAAUACGGAAAGAAAGCACAUAAUUAUAAGGUCUUAGGCAGAGUGUUCAGUUAUCUUCAAUUUUUUGAAAAACAUGAAAAAAAUGACAAUGGAGAGGAACAUGGUAAGUGUAAGGAAUGUGGGAAAGUCUUCAUGUCACUAAAAACCCUUCAACGGCACAUGAGCACACAUUCUGUAGAUGCUUCUUAUAAAUGUAAGGGGUGUGGGAAAACCUUUACUUCUUCAGCUUCUCUUCAAAUAUGUGAAAGAACCCACACAGGAGAGAAGCCCUAUCAGUGUAAACAAUGUGGAAAAGCCUUAAGGUGUUAUCAAAGUCUUCAAAUACAUGAAAGAAAUCACACUGGAGAGAAACCCUAUAUAUGUAAAAAAUGUAGUAAAGCAUUCAGCUGUCUCCCUUAUCUUCGAAGUCAUGAAAGAACUCACAGUGCAGAGAAACCCUAUGAAUGUAAGGAAUGUGGAAGGGCCUUUAGAUAUCAUCAAAGUUUCCGAAAACAUGAAAGAAAAUUCAUUGGAGAUAAGUCCUAUGAGUGUAAGGAAUGUGGAAAAGCAUUCAGAUGUUAUAAAAGUUAUCGAAUACAUGGACGAAAUCAUACUGAAGAGAAACCCUAUGAAUGUAAGGAAUGUGGAAGAGCCUUCAAAAGUCAUCACACUUUUCGAAUACAUGAGAGAAAAUUCAUUGGAGAGAAGCCCUAUGAAUGUAAGGAAUGUGGGAAAGCUUUCAGAUGUUACAAAAGUUUUCAAAUACAUGAAAGAAAUCACACUGCAGAGAAACCCUAUGAUUGUAAAAAAUGUAAUAAAGCAUUCAGUUGUCUCCCUUACCUUCGAAAACAUGAAAGAAGUCACACUGAAGAGAAACCCUAUGAGUGUAAAAAUUGUAGGAAAACAUUCAAGUAUCCCAGUGAUCUUCGAACACAUGAAAGAAAUCACACUGAAGAGAAACCCUAUGCAUGUGAGGAAUGUAAAAAAGCCUUCAGACAUUACAGUUCCUUACAAAUUCAUGAAAGGAUGCACACAGGAGAGAAACCCCAUGAAUGUAAACACUGUGGUAAAGCCUUCACUUGGCGCACCACCCUUCGAAGACACAUGAAAAUGCAUACUGGAAACACACCUUAUCAUUGUAAGGAAUGUGGGAAAGCAUUCACCUGCCUUAGUUUGUAUCAAAGACAUGAAAGGACUCACACUGGAGAGAAACCCUAUGAAUGUAAACAAUGUGGUAAAGCCUACAGACAAAAGUGUUCCUUACAAAUUCACAAAAGAACUCAUACGGGAGAAAAACCCUAUGAAUGUAAGGAAUGUGGAAAAUCUUUCAAUCGUAAAAAAAUCCUUCAAGUACACGUGAUAGUGCACACUAGAGAGAAAUCAUAUAAAUGUGAAGAAUGUGGGAAAGCUUUCAGUCAUUCCUCUGCCUUCCAUAAGCAUGAAAGGACUCACUGGAUAAAACCUGUUGAAUAUAAGUAAUAUGGGGAAGAUUUCAGUUAGCCCACAUCCUUACAUGUGAAAUCUCCCACCAAAAAGAAAUAAAAUCUAAUGUGAGAAGGCUUGAUGGAAAUUAUUCAUGUUUACUGUUCCAGAAAACACUCGAAAAUUUGUUAUUAAAAUUGUAAAUAAAGUGUGUUUACCAUCUUUCUUCAAGUGCAUAAUUGGAAUGUGGAGUUCUACUGUAGUUAACCCUUGAACAGCUGUGCUUUAAAGUCCUCACCACCCGUGCAAUUGAAAAUCUGCAUAUGAUUUAAGCCAGCCUGCAUAUAAGUGGAUUUCUAACCCUCAGUCCUAAAUACAGUUGACCCUUGAACAACAUGAGUUUGAAUUGCAUGAGUCUUGUUAUACGUGGAUUUUUCUUCAAGAGUCAACGUUAAUUAUUUUCAUAAUGAUUAUUGAGUUAAUUCUAUGUGUUGUCUUUCAACAAGUACAUAACAUUAAUAAGUAGUGAUUUUUCAUUAAAUCAGUUAAUCGUAUUAUCUCUUUACAUUUUGAAGCCUGUUAUAUCCAUGGGUGAAUUUAAGUGUAUUUCUAUUACUUAAUGUUUAAUGAGGCUUUAUUUGUUUAAUGUUCGGAGGCCAUUGAAAAAUGAUAGUUUGGUAUUUUGUGGGAUUUUCCUCCUGGCCUUGUGACACUUCCUUGAUACCUGUAGUCCUUUCUACAUAUCCUACCUUAAUUACUGACAAAAUUCCUCUUUUAGGGUGACAGGUAUAAUAAGAACCUUGUUCCAUUUUCAAUGCUAAUAAACAGUUGGAGUUAAUUUUCAUGUCAAGUUUAUGAAAGAGUAUAAUUAUAUUUGGUGUUUUGCUUUUAUUUUCCUUGACUGAUAGUUAGUGAAUAGUAUCUGAUUUAAGAAGAGAGACCUGUGUUAUCACAAAAUAUCUAGGGUUGGAGAUACUCCCCCUGUCAGUAAUGUUAGGAACUCAGUAAUGUUAGGAAUGUAGAAAGUCCUUCAGUCCUAUGCUUAACAGUAAAGAUUCCCCAUAACAAGAAAGAUACAGACUUCGUUUACCUUCAUUUCUGCAUUUGGUAAACAAUUUGUAUAUAGACUAUGUAGUCAUUUUGUUGGACACUAUUAUCUGGGACUUGAAAUUUCGUGUUGAUUUGGGCAACAUUUUUGUGGUGUCUUUUGGUUGUUAAUGUCAUUGAUGAGAUUUUUAUUUACCUUCAUAUAUUUAAGAUGUUAUAAUAUUUACAUGUUUUACUGCUCUACACACUGACACAAUAUAUCCACCAUAACCUCAUGGAGUUCCUUCCAUUUAGGGAAACACCUACAUUCAUGUGUAUUGUUCUAGCCCAUCCUGAGUCUAUUCUAUGAGUAGGAUGACAUCUAUGCAAAUCUACUCUGAUUACCCAGUAAAAACACCAAAAUUGCUAAAGAUAUUUAGAAACAAUCAUCCAAUGAAUAACUGAGGUGAGCUAUAGAAAAAGGGUAUUACCCAUAAUAUUCUAAUAUUAUGGGUAUUACCCAUAAUAUCCUAAUUUAGUAUAAAGAAGAUAUGAUAAAUAUUUCAAUGUCUUUGUUUACCUCAGGAAUGGCUGGAAGUCUUUUGAGUUCAUGAUCUACAAAUCCCAUAGCCCAUUUUGCUGUUCACAGGUUUCAUUUCCAUAUGGUUAGACUUCUAGCACAUGUUGUGAAAUACUGGAAUACAAAAGUAUAGGUGUAAUAUUUUAUAAAGAGCAAAGGAAUUCAAUCUUUGCAAUUUUUUAGUGAUAAUUUGCGUAUUGGGGUUUCAUUC